UUCAUAACAAAAGAAAAAUAAAAUAUAGAGAAGAUUCUUAAUCUAAGCUACCAAAGUUCUGCACAAUGCUGCUUUUCACUUCUAUCCCAACGGUCACUCUCUCUCCUUCAAAACCACUUACCUCUAAAUCCCUUAUCCUGCGCACGCCCUUCCUUAUCCUGCGCCACUAUUUCCCAUGUCCACUUUCCUUUUCAUCCCUCUACGCAAAACCCAUUUCCAGAAAUACCCUCACGUGUGUUCUAAGAGACUCACCCAUUCAGCAGCACGUGUACUCUGAUCCAAGUCCCGAAUUUGCAGUAUUUGAAACAAACAAGUUCAAAGUUGAACUCUUUCAGAAGCUUUCGGAGGAUUCAGAUGAGUUCGGUGAUGAACUUGAUGCGGUUAUAGACGUUUGCGCUCAGAUAUUUAAUGAGUUUUUGCACAAGGAGUAUGGAGGUCCAGGUACAUUGUUGGUGGAGCCAUUCACUGAUAUGUUGGUUGCUUUAAAGAAGAAGAAACUACCAGGAGCAUCUCUAGCUGCCAGAACAUCACUAUUAUGGGCACAAAAUCAUGUUGAUGAAGAUUGGAAAGUUUGGAACUCAAAAUUAAAAUGACUUGUACUUUUACAUUUUUCUCUCUUUUACAAUGUAAAGAUUUAUCAUUUGAUUUUGUAACAUCUGUAUGCUUUAUAAAAAUAACAAUAAAAAGAACUUCUUAUAGAUUUUGAUUUUACAUUUCACAA